AUGGCCUCGCAUGAUCAGAACCAGGGCACGGCCUAUUGCUCCGAGGAUAUGAAGCAUCGGAGCGUGAGCCCUUCGCCGCACGGCCAACAAUAUCACGACCCCAACUCCGGUGGAUUAGGAGUUGACCCCUCCAUGGCCUCUUAUUCGACAAACCCCUCCUUUCAGAACCACGACAGCAGCAUUGGUGGUGCCGAAGCAUAUGCGUACCCAAGCUACCUUGCUGGGGCGCCCCCGACACAGACAUUAUCACCGCCGGCGGACCAUAGCUAUGCUCCAACCAUCAAUACCAAUAAUCUUCCGAUAUCGCAGUCGUUCGAGACAAGCUUGGUCAAUCAGCUCGAGCACUCUUCGACAAGUCUCAGGCCGAUGCAGGGCGAUGAAAACUUCUCCAAUAUGCUCAACUCGAAUCACCCAGAAUUGGACUUUUCUCUUUACCAGAAUCACAGCCCCAAUAGCGCUUCCACCCCCGAGUACGAUUCUUCGUUGUUGCUAGACCCGCAAAUGCACCAGCGCCAGUCAAUCAACCAAGCGAUAAAUCCCGCUGAUCUCGUCAGCCCCAUCUCGAAUCCUUCAGUAUCUUCGCACCCAUCAUCGCGAGAUCAGCAGAAUUCCUCACCUGGCCCCAUGUCUCCUCCAGGAUCCACACCAGGUGCAUACUACACCCCUCGACAUUCACGACACACUUCCCUUGACCCAGCUACUGCGGCAUAUUUGACCGCCCAGCCAGGUCCAGACUGGCAGUCGGUUAUGAAUAAUGUCUCCUUCCAGGGCCAUCGACGUGCACCAUCUGAGGUGUCCGAGGUCUCGUCGGCCAACCACUCCCCCUACUUGUCUCAACACGAGUUCGAUGGUAUUGAGAACAAUGCGUCGCCUUCUUUGGCCCCCCAAAGUGAUCCAAAUCUAUACGACAAUGGCCUAGGCAUGGAAUCCUUCACGUUGUCAGAGCAGCAUCAACAGGGGAUCAGUCCCCUCCACAGCCCGUAUAUCUCUCCGCGGUUGAUGCCACAGCAGGGGGGGUGA